UUUUGUGGCUCUCGACUUACUGUUUCCUUGAUCCAUGUUGCUUAGCUAGCAGGGGCAUGAUCUGCAAGUGAGGAGUCAGGGGCUGCAGGGCUGGCAGUGUCCUGCCUGGAAUUAGUGAUGGUCAAAUUUCAGACGAUGCGGGUAGGCACUGACAAGUUCCCACGCCCUCUCCGGGACAUGACCGAUACCCAGCUUUAGAUACUCCCCACAACCUCUUCCUCAGGCCUCCUUGCAACUUUCCAGACAACCUGACAGGCUCCCAACUUGGACUCUCCCCAACUCCCCAGCUUUACUGGCUUCUUAACGUUCUUUGUCUGUUCUAGCUUUCUUCCUUGCUCUCUUCAAACACAGGUUCUGUCCUCAGCUAGCAGAGUGAGGCAUAACAUUGAAAAAAAUAACUUACAUAUGAAUAUCAAAUCAUUUUCUCAUUGACCAAAAUCUAACCUGCCUUUCAUCUGUUUGUUUGCUGUUGGUUAUAGCUGUAACACAAAAAUUAGUGGGCUUGAUUCAUAUUUAUACUAAGGCUUCCUUUACACUGCGAGAGCAAAUGAGAAUGUAGCUCGGAAUAUUUUUGCAUACAUCAGACAUGAGGAGGAAGUACCCCGAUGACUCUCAGUACUUAGUGUGGGAAAGAGUGGCCUAGUGGGUGGAACAUUGCAUUGGGACUGGGUUCUAUUCCUGACUCUGCCACUGGGUGAUCUUGGGCAUGUCACUUCACCUAUCUUGCCUCCAUUUUCCCCCUCUGUAAAAUGGGGAUAAUUGUACUUGCCUCCUUGGUAAAGCACUUUGAGAUCUGCUGAUGAAAAAGCACUGUAUAAAAACUAGGCUGUAGUAGUUGUAGAUCGGAAGAGUAACAUUUAAAUUGGCUUUGGGUUUGGGUGAUGUUUUGGGGAUCCUCACAAUGACAUGUCAGACUUUUUAUAUGUUGAGCUGGGUGAAGAGUUACUGGUCUCGGUGGAAUCCCAUUAUUGUGACAUCACAUUUUUCUAAAAAAAACCCUUUAUCUAAUUUAAUUACUAUCUCAUCUCCUGCUCUUCACCGCACAUCCUGUUGAGAGUUAGAUCCACAUGCUUAGUCAAUAAAAUGUUUAAGAAACUAUUUGGGGGGGUUUCCUAGUUUUUAAAGCUCUGAAUAUUCAUGGAACUAAAGUUUUGGUUUAUUAUGAAUUCUUUGUGAGCCAGGAGAGGCAACAUUUGAGAACUACUAUAUGUGAGUGUGGGAGAGCAAGUGAACAUAGCACCAAAAGACACUCUUGCCAGAGCUAUUGUUUCUGCUGCUCAUGACAGAGGUUUCUAAAUCUAUACUUAAAGCUUUCACACCCAUUGUAAAACUCAGGGGCGGAAAAUAGCACACGUGGGUUACUCUACGUGCAUGCUGCUCAAAGCAUGCCAGAGUGAUUAUUCUGCAUGAAAACGCCCUUACUGAUUUCACAAGAAAUGUGAGGCAGGCUGAGUUGGCUCACAUCUGCCUCAGGCUCUGAGUCGCUGAAGGUUCUUACAGAAAGGCUUUGAGGGAGGCAUUGCUGACAAAAGAUAAGAACACCAGAAAAGGCACCAUCGCUCCCCCUACUUCUGAUUUUUGCUAUCUAAGCAAAUAGAUUAGAGGGGCUCUCUUUUUUUAAUUAAAGAGAGAUUAGACUUUUGUAGCAUGGACCUAUCUUAAUUACUUAUAGGCUCCCAUUGAAGAAGUACCGAUACACCUCACAAUAUUGUAGUGUAGUGAUCCUCACAACACACUGUGAGAUAGGGAAGUACUGUUAUUCCCGUUUUUUUACAGAGGGGAACUGAGGCAUAGAGAAACUAGCUUGACCACAUUUCCCCCUGUGAGAGAGCAGGAACAUGUUUGAUCAUUCCUUUCUGUUUCGAUCUAGAGUUGAAUUUUGAACAGCCAAAUGUUCAGAGGUGUUUGAACAGAGGGUUAUUGCUCCACCCGUUAUAGGCAGGGUUCUGGAUUCAAAUUCCAAACACCCCUCAAUGUUAGAGCAGGAAGGUGACGGAUUCAGGAGGAUGUUAGCAAAGCCUGAGCAUUUGAAUGUUGCUGGAAAGCAAGCAUGGAAGGCUUUUAAAAAGAAAGGAGUCAAAAUACUAUUUUGAACUCAACCAAACACUAGUGGGAAAAUGUUUAUACUAUUUUCUCACCUAGUCAUAACCUGUUUAUCAUCCUUUUGAAGAUUGUAUAAUGAACAUAUGUCAUUUCACUUUCACUUGUCCUUCUCAGCACUACAUUGUAUCCCAAGAAAAUACAUACAGCUAUAAGCAUUGUUAGGCCUCUGAUAAUAUGCAAAACAAGGAUUUUGCUGUUAUGGCUUCCUGUGAAGGCUGGACAGACCACAUAGACUUUCAAAAAAGGAAGUGCACUCUGAAGGACAGAAACAUUUUUGCCUCACAAUAUUGCAGUACAUGCUCUUUACCAGACUUGCAGACACUGAGUUGCUGAAGCUAUGAAUGGCAAGGCAGAUGUGAAGUCCCUCAUGGCGAAAUUUAACACUGGUAACAACCCAUCAGAGGACGUUUCGGUUAGCAAUCAGCCCUUCAAAAUCCCAGGACAACCUUCAUCUUCAGGACUACAGGCAAGGAAAGCUGCACUUGAGAAAUUUACCAGUCCUCCUUCAGGUCCCAGUACCUUUCACAAGUCUGCAUCUCCUAAACCGUCAUUUGGAGUGAAACCUUCUAUUGAAGAUAAAACAGAAAGGGAUCCAAAACCUCCCUAUCUGAAACAUAACCCUGUGGCACACAAGUUCGGGUCUCCAGUUAAUGCAGCUAACAGAGAAGCUGAUGGAAAAGCUGGAGUCCCUAAAUAUCUGGGUCCUAAAGCCACUGAACUGUCAAAAGAAGAACACAAGCCUGUGUUUCCAAAACCUCCUGUAAACAAGUUCCUUAGCUCUACUGCCCAGGAGAAGGACAUAAAGCCGCCAGGACCUAAACCGAAUUUUAAUUCUGCAUCACAAGAGAGUGAGCCAAAACCAGCAUUCUCCAAACUAGCUGCGGUUAAAGAAAAGUUCACUGCUGUAUCACAAGAAAAUGACCCCAAGCCUCCUUUCUCUAAACCACCCCUUGGGCAAAAACCUUCUCUAAAUCCUGAUGUCUCCCACCACGAAGAUGUUUCCAACAGACAUGCUUUUCUGACUAAGGGAUCUUCAGGCUCUCUAGGCCCCAGACCAAAAAUACAUUCAUUUAAAUUACCAAAGGAAACAGCAGAAAAUAGCAGUAAUGGAACCGAUUCCCCAGGUGGUCAUUUUCCUACUGUGACUCUGAAAUCUAUUGGUAAUCGGAGCACCCCAGGACAGGUUCCAAAAAAUCUUGAGGAAAAGACUGAAGAUAAUAGGUCGGGGGUCGCCAAGAAUAUUUUCCUCAGCAAAAUUAAUCAGGAAGAUUCUGGUUCAACUCCUCCUAAAUUCCCCAAGCCACCUGCCAAGCUCGCUGCAGGAGGACCAUUGGGCAGCUUCCACGAGAGAGAAGAGGGAAACAAGAAUUCUGAAACUCCCAAGCGCAAAGCAUUAACUCCAUUAUUUAAAUUGGGCCAGCCUCCCCAGAAGCCCAGCAGACCCCCAACUGUGGACCUGGAAAGAUUCCGAAAAAAUAGUGCAAGAGACAGCUCUAACAAAGAAGUUGUUAAACAGGUCUCCCACUCAGUGCUCUCCUCACCUCUACCUCCACCCUCCCAUUCUGCUACACAGACGCCGCCUCCUCCUCCUCCUUCAGCUUCUCACCCAUCAGCACAAGCACCACCAGUUCCCAGCCUACCUCCCAGAAACAUCAAAUCCAGCUCUGAUCCCUUAAGUCCAGACAAUGAACAAAGUUACGAUGAUGUUGAAUUUGGUUCAGAUGGUCAUGGAAAUACAGAUGGGGGUCAAGAGAGUGAUGGAGAGAUGUAUGAAGAUAUCAAUGACAUCAGAGCCACAUCAAGAGAACAAGAAAAGAAGAGAGAGAAGGAAGAAAAGAAAAGAUUGGAACAAGAGAAGAGAGAACAAAGGGAAAAAGAAAAGAAAGAGCAAGAAAUCAGAAAGAGGUUCAAAUUAUCUGGACCCAUUCAAGUCCUUCAUCAGGCACGAGCUUGCAUGGACUACAAGGGAGGGAAGAAUGAGCUGACUGUGAAACAGGGUGAUAAUAUUGAAAUCAUCCGUAUUACAGACAACCCUGAAGGAAAGUGGCUGGGCAGGACAACCAAAGGAUAUUAUGGAUACGUUAAAACAACCAUGGUGGAGAUUGACUAUGAUUCUUUAAAAAGAAAACAAAGAGCUUCCACGAGUGCUUCCCUGAGACGUGUAGACAAUGACCAAGAAGUGUAUGAUGAUGUUGGAGAGCAGGACAGUAUCAGCAGCCAAAGUGGUGGUCGAAGUGGAACUGGAGUGACGUUCCCACCUCCUGUCCCCGAUGAAGAAAUUUAUGAUGGAAUUGAUGAUGAAGAUGUUAAUGCUAAGUCUAUAUCACAGGAUGAAGAUAAGAAUGACUCCCGGUCCUGGGGACUUUUGAAGAUGUUAAAGGGAAAAGAUGACAAAAAGAAAAGUGUACGAGAGAAAACAACCAAAGACAAUGAUGCAGAAGAUAAUGGAGGUUCCUUCAUGAAUCCUCCAAUAAAGAUGCUUGGGAAAGACGCAGGAGACAAUGAUGUUUAUGAUGAUGUAGAAUCAUCCGAAUUCCCUCCUCCACCAAUAGAAAUUGGAUCAUCAUUAAUUAUGAAAACUCUGAGCCUCGGAAGGGGUAAAUCAGAUGAGAAAGACAUACGAAAGCUUAAAAAGAUGGAAAAAGAGGAGAAAGAGUUCAGAAAAAAGUUUAAAUUUGAAGGUGAAAUUAGAGUUCUUUAUUCCACUAUGAUUAUCGCAGAUCUGCCAUCUAAAAAAUGGGGAGCAAAAGACUUACAAGUGAAACCAGGGGAGUCAGUUGAAGUUAUACAAAUCAUAGAUGAUGCCAAGGUCCUGUGUAGGAAUGAAGAAGGAAAAUAUGGCUAUGUCCUGAGACGCAGUUUAGUGGAGAAUGAUGGAGACAUCUACGAUGAUAUUGCUGAUGGUUGCAUCUAUGAUAAUGAUUAAUCUUGAAUUUUGGUAAAGUGUGAGUUUCAUUGGGGGUCAUAUCUCCUCUGGAUUUCCAAUUGGCAUAAAACAUCACCAAAGCUGAUUAGUCACAAUUUAUGGCUAUCAUCAGUGAUUACCCUUCUACAUGUAUCAAGUUUUGGUUAACCUGUGUCAAACGUUAGAUCUUUUGGAUUUAUUGCUUUGAAUGGCACUUUCUCUUUGUCAUGUAUCAGCACAACUACAAUUUGGGUAAUCUGAACUGAAAUUAAAGUUUUCAUCAAAUAUAUCCUUUCUGACUCUGCCACAGUCCACUGGUCCAUAUAAAAACAAUUCAUCAGGCAACUUCACCCAGAGAUGCCAAUUCACUGCUACGAAGGAUAUGUGGGCCAGUAGGCCCUGAUAAGACUGCCCACUUUGUGGAGGACAGCAUCAUGAAAAGAAAUGUAACCACCAAUGGUAGGCAUCAUUGUUGUGAAAGCAGGAAAUAGAAGUGGGUGGCAAAGAAGCCAAUAUAUCCUUGACCCAAUAGUCCAAUUUUAAUAGUCAGGGUUCAUGUGAUAAACGUGGCCAUGUGCCUCCACUGCUAAAGUUUUAUACUGUACCAGUAAUAGACUGUAGUUCUCUAAAAUGAUCAUUAAAUGUUUCGUGUGUUAUUUUUGAAUACAUAACAAUUACACAAUAAUAAACAUAAUUUAUCAGGG